ACAUGUUAUCGACUAAGGGGGAACAACAGUAAACAUUUAUCCCAUAGCCUUUCAAAACCCAAGAAGAACUAUGGCCGAAGAAGUGAAGCUAUUUGGCAUGUGGGCAAGCCCUUUCAGCCGCAGAGUUGAGCUAGCCCUGAAACUCAAAGGAAUACCCUAUGAAUAUAUUGAAGAGGACUUAUCCAAUAAGAGUCCUUCACUUCUCAAGUAUAAUCCCAUCCAUAAGAAAGUCCCUCUUCUUGUGCAUAAGGAAAAACCACUUGCAGAAUCAUUAGUCAUUCUUGAGUACCUUGAUGAGACUUGGAAAAACAAUCCUAUUUUGCCUCAAGAUCCCUAUGAGAGAGCCAUGGCUCGUUUCUGGGCUAAAUUCAUAGACGAGAAGCUCUUACCAACAGCAGCGAAGGUUUCUCAUAGCACAGGAAAGGAACAAGAGCAGGGUGUUGAAGAAGUGCAUCAGCAGCUGAAAAUUCUAGAGAAUGAGCUCAAGGGGAAGGAAUUUUUUGCAGGUCAGAGUAUUGGAUACCUGGAUAUUGUUGCACAUGUUUUAUUCUGGUUUUAUAGUGCAGGAGAGGCUUCAGGAGUAAACGCACUAACGACAGAGAAAUUUCCAAUUAUAUAUGAAUGGAUUGAAAAGCUCAUAAAAAUCGAUGCUGUCAAUGAAUGCCGGAUUCCAAAGGAGAAACAUCAAGAUUUCAUUACACUCCGCAGAGAAUCCUUAAAAUCUGCUUCCAAAUAAAGUCCUGUUGAACUCCUCUACUACGGCUAAGAUUAUGUCCUUUUAAACUUCUGAUGUAUUCCUUCAACUUGUUGAGAUUAAAGUUACAUCGUUUGAUAGAGACUACUUAAUUGAAGUGAUAAUAAUGUACCUUCAGAAAAGUUCUGCUGCAGAGAAGUUUGCUGACUAAGUGCAGACAAUUUCUUUCUUUGUAGUUAUAUUAGUAUAUUUUUCAUGGAUAGG